CUUUAAGGGAGCAGCCUCGGUCGGCCCCGCUCCGCCCGGUGAGGUGACCGACGCAGCCUCACUCCGCCGUCGCUCCGCCCAUCACUCGGCCGGGGCCGGGGGCGCAAGACGCUUGCAGCCGCGAUGUCCCAGGCGAAAGGCCGCGGGAGGAAAGCUGCGGGGAGCCAGGUUGUUAUCAGCAAAUUCUUCCGCCCUGUAGCGAGGAAGGGGCAGAAGGCGAGGGAAGACAAUGCGGCCGUGGCAGCUUGCCUCGCCCCCGGGCUGCAGAUCGUGGACUCUCAGAGGAGAAAGGAAUCGGAGGUGGAGCAGGUGGAACCUACGACAAAACGCAGAAAGUUGGCGAGCCAAGAAGAGAAUGGAAAUGUAGUUGAAAUGGGUUGCAAUGCGUCAGCAGUACGUAAACAGCCGAGGAUAUCUUCGUGCACCCUGGACAGACUGAAGGAAUUUUCUGUUAACAGGCACCGGGAACCGUCGGGCGCUCAGGCACUGGAAGGGGAGGCCCAAACGAAGAGAAUCAGCAGCAACGCUGAUCUAAGUUGUGACGCUGUUGGCACGGGACGGCACGACGGAAUGCUCCUGCAGGAUCCAGACAGAGAACUGGAGCAGACUCAUUCCCAGGAAAUUGCAAGCCUUGACUGGAGCCGAUUUUCAACGUCCAACAAGGGAGCCUGUGUGAAGAAUGGUUCGGAAGACACGGGAAGUCAUCGCAGGCAGAAGAUGGCGUACACGCCGCUGGAGCUGCAGUUCCUGGAGAUUAAAAAGCAGCAUAAAGAUGCCAUACUCUGCGUGGAAUGUGGAUACAAGUACAGGUUCUUUGGUGAAGAUGCCGAGAUUGCAGCUCGAGAGCUGAAUAUUUACUGCCACCCAGACCAUAACUUCAUGACGGCCAGCAUCCCAGUGCACCGGCUCUUUGUCCACGUGAGGCGCCUGGUUGCUAAGGGAUACAAGGUAGGAGUUGUGAAACAGACCGAGACUGCUGCUCUCAAAGCUGUUGGCGAGAACAAAGGCAGCCUUUUCACUCGCAAGCUGACUGCUCUCUACACCAAGUCUACGCUCAUCGGAGAAGAUAUUAAUCCCUUGUUGAAUGCGGACGUGGACGGUGAGUUGGGUGCUGUGGGAGAGGCAGCUGGUGACGUUCCUAACAACUACUUGAUGUGCAUCUAUGAACAAGCGGGGAGUAAACAGGACCGUAAGAAGCAGGGAGUUCAGAUCGGAUUUGUGGCUGUCCAGCCCAACACUGGUGACGUGCUUUAUGAUUGUUUUCGUGAUUGUAAAUCCCGGUCGGAGCUGGAAAGCCGGAUCCUCUGUCUGCAGCCAGUUGAAAUUCUGCUCCCGCCGGAAUUGUCGGAGGACACGGAGAAGCUUCUGACGAGUGUCACGGCUUCAAGCCUGCGUGACGACAGGAUUCGUGUGGAGCGGAUGGACAGUUUCCAUUUUGAGUAUUCAAACGCGUUCCAAGUCACCACAGAGUUUUAUUCACCUGGAGCUUCAGAUGUGUCAGAAGCGCAACAGUUGUCCACGAUAUUAAAUUUGGAGUUGCCGGUUGUAUCCUGUUUGGGAGCUGUCAUCAAAUAUCUAUCUGAAUUCAAGUUGGAGAGAGUUCUAAACAAUCUGAGUAACCUGAGCAAGUUCUCUGAAGUGUCCUCUUGGAUGUCAAUCAGUGCAACAACCUUAAAGAACCUGGAAAUUCUACAAAACCAGACCACUGGCACAACUAAAGCUAGCCUAUUUUGGGUCCUUGAUCAUACCCAGAGUGUUUUUGGAAGACGAUUACUGAGGAAGUGGGUGUCUCAGCCCUUACUAAAAGCAAGUGAAAUUAAUGCACGCUUGGACGCUGUCACUGAAAUCCUAUCAUCAGAUUCCAUCGUUCUGGCAAAGACCCAGAGCCUGCUGUCUAAGCUCCCAGAUCUGGAGAGAGGGAUUUCCAGUAUUUAUCACAAAAAGUGCUCCACGUGGGAGUUCUACCAGCUCGUCCGCACUUUAUCCAACCUGGAGGUGGGUUUCCGCACGUUGCUUCCAGCCGCUGAGACACAGCUGAGUUCCCCUCUGCUGCGUGAUUUCCUGCUGGAGCUGCCACAGCUGCUGAGCCCCGUGCACCGCUACCUGGCCAUUCUUGAUGAAAGUGGAGCCAAGUCGGGCAAUAAGACACAGCUCUUCAGGGACCUCACUGACUUCCCUGUAAUUCAGCAAAGGAAACAGGAGAUUCAGGGGGUGUUCUCCCAGCUGCGGCAGCAUCUCAGGGAGGUUCGGCUGAUUCUGAAACGACCAUCUUUAGAUUACAGUACAGUUUCGGGACAAGAGUUUCUUAUAGAAGUGAAAAAUUCUCUGCUGCACACCGUUCCAUCAGAGUGGACAAAAAUUUCCAGCACAAAGGCUGUCGUCCGCUUCCAUACCCCAUUCAUCGUGGAGAAGCACAGGCAGCUGUGCCAGCUUCGUGAGCAACUUGUCCUCGACUGCAAUGCGGAGUGGCUGAAAUUACUGGAUCAGUUUGGUGAGCACUACCACGGAAUAAGAAAGGCAAUUGGUCACCUGGCAACCAUUGACUGCAUCUUCUCAUUGGCUGCAGUUGCUAAGCAGGAAGGAUAUACCAGACCGACGGUGCUUGAAGAAAUGAGGCAGAUAGUGAUCAAGAAAGGAAGGCACCCUGUGAUUGACGUUCUGAUGGGUGAACAGGAACAGUAUGUUCCCAAUAGCACCGGACUGCAUGGAGAUGGCCAGAGAGCUAUGGUGAUUACUGGGCCCAACAUGGGAGGAAAGAGUUCUUAUAUUAGACAAGUCGCACUGAUUACUAUAAUGGCACAGAUUGGGUCCUACGUCCCGGCGGAAGAAGCUCUGAUUGGCAUUGUGGACAACAUUUACACAAGAAUGGGAGCUUCCGACAACAUCUACAAAGGUCAAAGUACAUUCAUGGAAGAGCUGAGUGAGGCAGCGGAGAUCAUUAGGAAGGCGACAUCUCGCUCGUUGAUCAUCUUGGAUGAGCUGGGAAGGGGCACGAGUACCCAUGAUGGUAUUGCCAUUGCUUACGCCACCCUUGAGCACUUUGUAAAGGAUGUGAAGUCGCUGACACUCUUUGUCACUCACUACCCCCCUGUGUGCGAACUGGAGAAACUCUACCCGCAGAACAUCAGAAAUUACCACAUGGCGUUCCUUCUCAAUCAGGACGAUGAACAAAAUGGAUGUGUGGAGGAACUGCCAGCGGAAUCGAUCACAUUCCUUUAUCAGCUGACGGAGGGGGCUGCCGCUCGCAGCUACGGCCUGAACGUUGCCAGACUAGCCAACGUUCCUGAGGAAGUAUUAAAGAAAGCCACUCGGAAAUCCAAAGAGCUGGAAAGCUUGAUGAAUACAAAGAGGGAGAAAUUGAAAUUCUUCUUUGAACUCUGGAACAUAAAUGAAAGGAAGGAACUAAUAGACUGGCUGACGGUGAAUAAAUAAGAUUAAUUUUUAUUCAUUUUUGAGUCAAUAAACUGAUAAGGUAUGUUCUUCCCCUCUUGUAUUUCCUUGUGAGGGAAGCUUGAGGUUCUAUAAACAGCUGAUGGGACAGUUGCCUAAUAUUGUCUGUAAAUGUGGAUGUGAUAUUUCAGAUGUUUUCUACCUGCGUUGAAGUUAUUUAUAUUCUUCAUGUAAAUCCUAGAUAUCAAAACAGUGAAGAAUGUUAAACUGGUUUCUGUUCUUCCAUCGGGAGGAACCAGUUUUACUUACAGCUCAUUUUUAACUCACUCUGUCAUUUUUUGCUUUAAUUUGCUCACUUGAUUGUCCAUUUUGGGCAGCGUGUAGAAGAAUUUUCAGAUGUCCGUCAGUAAUCUCAGCGGCUGUAUCACUUGGCCCUCGUCCUCUAUAGUACAACUUUGACAUUUUAACACUCCAUCCACUUCAGAAAGAUAUUGUAAUUACUGACAAGCUGGAAAAGACUUUAACCUUCGAAGCAGGGAACACUGUUCGGCACUGAAUUCUGCACCUUUGUUUUAAGACACAAACUAGAAUCUCCCUGCUAAGCUUUUUUUCCUGAAUGGUAUGUUGAACUGAGCAGACUUCUACUGAUUUUUUUUUAAAUAUAUGUAUAUAUGGCAUCGUGCUUCCAGUAUUGAGGAUCACACAAUGUGCUAAAGCAAUAUGGAGACUAUUUUUAAAUGGAAAGUUUGCUUAAUUAAUUCUGUAUUUUGUUAAUGAAGCACUCUUUUGCGGUUACAGGGGCGAAACACAGUGUCCACCUAAAAUAGAGUAUAUGUAAUAUCAGUGUGGAAUUGAAACAAUAUGCAGAAGUUCAUAAUUAAUGCGAUAUUUUGUAAGCCAAG